GAAAAUAAUCUACUAAAAUGGCUAGUGGUGAUAAUCCGGAUCAACCGAGACAGCCUCGCAACAUGCAGGGUUUGUUGAAGUUCGCCAUGGAAGCUACCAAAAGUGAAGAUGCACCACACCCGGCACAGCUGCAACCGAUGGACGAAGAAAGGAGACGGUUUCUCGAAGAGGCACUCAAAUCCCUUACCGUCGAUGUUGUCCGGGAGCUGGAGAAAGCGAUGAACGUGCUGCUAAACAACGAGUCCGACGAGGAUGCAAAGGCCGAAGCGAUCGAUACCGUAAUUGAUUACGUGCAGGACAUGGACACAGCGAAUGAUUUCUUUAAAGUGGGUGGGUUUGUCAUUAUAAAACCCGGGCUGGAAUCACCGAGCGUGGACGUUCGUUGCGGAACACUGCGGUUAGUGGGGGAACUGGCACAGAACAACCCAUUCUGUCAGAAGCACCUGCUGGAGUUGAGCAUUCUAACCAAACUGACGGAGCUACUAUCGGACGAACCGUCCGUUGCACAACAGGCCAUGCACGCCAUUUCCUGUAUGGUACGGCACUACGAACCGUGUCUGGCAGCGUUCAUCGAAAUCGGUGGCCUAGAGUGUAUUCUCGGCUGCAUACAGACGGAUGAUGAAAAGUUGCGCAUUCGAGCGUCAUUCCUAAUGGCUAACCUGUGUACGGAAUAUGCACCGGUAAGGGAUGAAUUUAUUAAGCUGAAUGCAGUCGAACGGGUGCUGGCUGGGUUGCAACCGGCCAGGAAUUACGAUGCAAAGCUAGAAACUGCCCUAUCCACACUGAAUCUACUAACGGAGAGUAAGGAAGGCAUUCGCAGAUGUCGAUCAUCCGACAGCUUAAAACAGAAGCUAGAGACGAUCGUGAAGCUUAAUGGUGGAAAAGAAGAAUGUCAGGAACAACUCGAAUACGCUCAAAUUCUCCUGAAGCGUUGUUAUUCCGGUGAGCAGGAUGGCGCCGACCGAUAG